AACGAUUGACUCCUCUUCUCUUCACCAUUUUCAGCUGCUAUGGCAAUUUCUGUUCUCCAUCUUCAUCCUCUCCUAGUUUCAAUCGAUAAAAGGAUAAAGUACAAGGACGUUGUUUCAAGUUCUCUGAGCUAUUUUGGACGUGUAGAAUGCAGUAGCUGUAGAUUUUAUUUGAGAGCGAGAUUGCAGCAGUGUGUCUCAGGGGAGGGAUUUGUAAAGCUACAUUGCACUUCCUUGAGGUCAAAGAUGCUUGAUGACUUAAAUACCAAUGUAGAUAAUCUGGAUGAUCUUGAAAGGCAGCUUCAAGAACUCUUUGUUGAAAUCAAAACUAUGCUUGCAAUGGGGAACAAAAAUGAUGCCAUGUGUCUACUCCAAGCGAAUUAUGAGAUGGCUAAAGAACAGGUGAUUUGUGGUUCCAAAGGCAUAGAGCAAGCUGCUCUCUUGGACAUUCUGGCCUUGGGAUACAUGGGAGCUGGUGAAGUUUCAAAGCUCGAGCGCGUACUGCAUAUGCUGAAAGAGGUCAUGAGUGGUCUACAUGAUGAUAUGCCACUAAUGGAUUCAAUACUAAUGCAUAUGGGAAGUAUAUAUGCAAAUCUGGGGAAAUUUGAGGAUGCUAUGCUUGUAUAUGAAAGAGGGCUCAAAAUUUUAGAGAAAGAGUUUGGAAAGGACAGUCCUUUUCUCAUUACACCACUUAUGGGAAUGGCAAAAGUCUACAGGUUACUUGGAAGAUCCACAAAAUCUGCAGCUCUUUAUCACAAGUCUGUUGACAUUGUAGAAAAGAGUAGAGGAGCGGAUAGUGAGGAGCUUGUGGUACCUUUGGUUAGCCUCGGGAAUCUUUUUAUUAAUGAAGGAAAGGCAGUGGACGCUGAAGCUUGCUUUAGAAGAAUUUUAAACAUAUACAAGAAAGCUCAUGGGGAUAAUGAUGGAAGGGUAGGAAUGGCAAUGUGUUCCUUGGCCCAUGCUCUGUGUGCAAAAGGAAGCGUAGAGGAAGCAAUAUCCAUGUAUAGAGGUGGUAUUCUAGUUAUAAAGGACUCAGAAUAUGUGAACAUAGAUGAUGAUAUUCUUGAAAAGAUAAAGAUUGAUCUGGCAGAGUUACUUCAUGUCACGGGAAGGGAACAGGAGGGCAGAGAGCUAUUGCAAGAGUGUUUGCUAAUUACUGAAAGAUACAAAGGGCUCGAACAUCCAAGUGCAGCAGCUCACCUUGUAAACCUUGCUGCUUCUUAUUCACGGUCAAAGAACUUUACAGAGGCAGAGCGCUUGCUGAGGACAUGUUUGCAAAUUAUGUCGAAAUCAGUGGGACCCACUGAUCAGUCGAUAACUGUUCCCAUGCUACAUCUUGCAGUUGCACUCUACCAUCUAAAGAAAGACGAAGAAGCUGAGAGUUUUGCUCUAGAGGUGGCACGCAUUAGGGAGAAUGCUUUCGGAAAAGAAUCUCUUCCAGUUGCUGAAGCCCUUGACUGCUUAGCAUCGAUACAGACAAGAUUGGGGAAGGAUGAUGCAAAUAUACUAGCAAAACUGCAAAGGAUUUUGAGCAUUCAAGAGAGAGAGUUAGGGUACGAGAGUGAAGUGACUGUUGAAACCUUGAAGAAGGUUGUUUUCUAUCUUGAUAAGAUGGGGAAGAAGGAAGAGAAAUCUCCCUUGGAAAGGAGAUUGAGGUCCCUAAGAGCCAAAAACAAGCAGAAAGUUUCGGCAUGAGAUAAAGUAUCCAGCAAUGUCAAUCCAUGGCAUUAAUAACCCAUCAAAGAGAUUUUCAUUGUUGGAUCAAGAGUGUAGUUUAUAAUGGUUUCUCUAAAGAAAAUGUUAAUAUCGUCUAUGUUGUAGAUAGAUACUGUAGGUAGCUAUGGGGAUCGUUUUAUGCAGCACCGGUUCACAAUUAGCUUGGUUCCAUGAAAUGUUUGAAAAUGUUGUAGAUAUUUCAUGAGUAAUGGCCUUUUGUUUUCUAGAUGUUGUGUAGUUGUUUAGGGCCAUUUGAAGCUUUGUUUUGUUGAUGUAACACAGUUAUUUUUUGUCCGUUCACUUGGUAAUCUGUAUAAGAGUAAAGCUUCAUCCAUUCA